AUCCUUGCCCCAAUCAUGUCGACGAAGGGGUCUACAACCUCACCAGAUAUUGGGCUAGUGGACACAAAUCCUACCACUGUUGGGCCCGCUACUAUCAAAUUCACUACCGCCCAGGCGCUACUUCAAGCAGUCCGCCAGUCUUCGAGCGAUGUCACCUAUGUUGAAGAUGUAUCUACAGAGGACUUUGCAAAUAUAGAAGAAGCAAAAGGGGAAACGUCUGCACCUCGCUUAAAGAACUUCUCCCCAGCACAGCGCCUACUCAUCCUCGUGGUUCCCACCCUUCUCUAUGAAAGAAGUCACUCAAAACUUUACGGCCUCAUCAUGGGAGAGGUCGCAGCUAUGGGUUUAGAAGAUGAUUGGGGCGAUUACGGCUCUACAACUCUACGAGCAGAACAUGGUGGGGGUGUUUCGGAAGCUGAUUCAAGUGGAGGCCCAAUGGAGCGCGACGACGAUAUACACCCUUGGCCAACUCUUGUUAUCGAAACUGGAUACUCGCAAUCUAUCACUGCUUUAAGGCAACAGAUGAGGUGGUGGUUCACAGCCUCACAGCACCAGGUGAAGAUUGUUCUGCUCAUAAAGCUAGAUCCCUCAGUGCCUGGGAAAAUUAUCAUCGAUCAGUGGAAAGAGUUUCCACGUGAAGAGCGCGCUGGUGCUACCACGACACGAUCCUUUGCUCGCUUAGAGCCGAUCAACACGCACCACAUCACUAUCCAGAAGACUUUGCCUUCUACAAAUCCAGAAGAUCCCUCAUCAUAUGGUGUUACUAGAGGUCCUCUACAACUAAGCUUCAUGGAUCUCUUUCUACGGGCGCCAGGGCAAGGGGAGGGUGACAUUGUUCUUAGUGACCAUCAUCUGCAACGGCUGGGUGCAAGUGUUGGAAACAUUAGACAGUGA